AUGUUUGCUGUCAGAACGUAUGACAGCUGUGAAGUACAUCCAGGCCCCAAUUUGAACAUGAUUGUAGGUGCUAAUGGAACAGGAAAAUCGAGCAUUGUUUGUGCCAUCUGCCUGGGCCUGGCUGGAAAGCCGUCUUUUAUAGGGAGGGCUGAUAAGGUUGGUCUCUUUGUAAAGCGUGGGUGCUUGAAAGGUCUAGUAGAAAUUGAACUGUUCCAGUCACAUACCAAUUUAAUUAUCACACGGGAAAUUCAAGUGGUGAACAACACAUCAACAUGGUUCAUCAACAGAAAGCCAUCAACCUUGAAAGCCGUAGAAGAACAGAUUACAGCCUUAAAUAUCCAAGUGGGCAAUUUGUGCCAGUUUCUUCCUCAGGACAAAGUUGGAGAGUUUGCAAAAAUGAGUAAGAUUGAAUUGCUUGAAGCCACUGAAAAAUCUAUUGGUCCUCCAGAAAUGUAUCAGUUUCAUUGUGAACUUAAAAACUUCAGAGAAAAAGAAAGAGAACUGGAGAACUUGUGCAAAGAGAAAAGCAAUUCUUUGGAGAAAAUGAGACAGAGGAUUGAACGAUACAAGCAAGAUGUUGAGAGAUACCACGAACGCAAGCGUCAUCUUGACUUAAUUGAGAUGCUUGAGAGGAAAAGGCCUUGGGUGGAAUAUGAAAAUGUUCGUCAGCAGCAUGAAGAAGUGAAACAAAGUCGUGACCAGGCUAAGGAAGAAUUGAAGAAUCUGAAAGAAAUGCAGGCUCCUAUGACAAAAAAAACUCAAGAAAUUGAGGAACAUUGUAAGAGUCUUGAUACGAAAAUCAGAGAUAAGACUGUUGAAAUCAAAGACACUUCCCAAAAAUGUAAACAAAAGCAAGAUGCUUUGGAGAAGAAAGAUAAACAAAUUGAAGAAAUUAAUCAAGCUUUGAGAAUGAAAAAAGAUGAAGAAAUGGACAGACAGAAAAAAAUAUACAACACUCGUAAGAUGAUAGAGGAGUGGGAGAAUGAGCUCCAAACCAUGGUCUCUGAAAAUCUUCAGCCACAAAUUGAUGCUGUUAACAAAGAGCUGAAACAGUUGCAAGAAGAAAGGGCAAAUAUUGAUAGUGACGUUAGUGAUCUAAGAACAGAGAAAAGUAACCAAGAGAUGGAAAAGAAAAGAAUAGCUGGUUGCAUUGCAGAACUUGAUAAUAUAAUGAAUAUGAAGGAAGAGACGCUCAAAGGGAAAUUCCGAGACACCCACUCUGCUCUUAUGUGGCUAAGAAAGAACCUUGACAAGUUUAAAAAACAAGUUUGUGAACCCAUGAUGCUUGAAAUCAACAUGAAAGACAACAGACAUGCUAAAUAUGUUGAAAAUCAUAUUUCUUCAAAUGACAUGAGGGCUUUUGUUUUUGAGAGCCAAGAAGAUAUGGAAAAGUUUCUUCUUGAGAUGCGUGAUCAUCAGAAGCUAAAAGUGAAUGCUGUGUGUGCGCCUGCUGAGUCAUGUGCUGAACACAAACCUUCAAGACCUAUUGAAGAGUUACACCGAUAUGGAUUUUUCUCAUAUUUACGAGAGUUAUUUGAUGCUCCUUCUCCUGUGAUGAGUUAUCUUUGCUUCCAAUAUCGUGUUCAUGAAGUCCCUGUUGGAACAGAGAAGACCAAAAACAUGAUUGAAAGGGUCAUACAAGAAACCAAGUUUAGGCAAAUGUACACAGCAGAGGAAAAAUACGUUGUUAAAGUAUCUGCUUAUACAAACCAAACUGUCUCUAGCAACACAUCCCUGAAGGCAGCACAGUUUCUAACUAUUUCAGUGGAUACAGAUGAAAGAAGACAGUUGGAAAUCCAGCAACAGGAAAUUAAUACUGUGCUAGGGUCAUUGGAUGUGCAGUUGACAACGUUGUUUGAAAGGCAGAAACAUCUGGAACGAAAAGACAAUGAACUUAGACAACAGAAGAAGGAGCUUUUAGAGAGAGGAAACAAAAGAAGACAGUUAGAAUCAAAAAUUGCUGUGAAGCAUGACAGUUUAAGAGAGAUGGAGCAGGAUGCUAUCAAUCUAGAAGAUGAGUCUCGAAAAGCAAAUGUGCAGAUCAAAGAAAUAAAUGCCCAAAAAGCAAAGCUUGUUACAGAAUUAAUGCAUCUUGUAAAGGAUUGCAUAUCACUGAACAUCACCAAAACAGACUUAGUUCUUCAGAGUGCUUCAGUGGCUGCAGAGAGGAACAGACUAGAAUUAGAGCAUAAAGCAACAAAUGUACAGCUAAGAGCUGCGGAGCAACGUUUUCGUGAUCUGGAUGAGAGAAAGCGUAUUCUUAUGGAGAACUGCAGGGAACUGCUGAAAAAAGCUCGACAGGUGUGCAAGCUGACUCCAGACCAGCAUCUCCCAAAAGAAUUUCAAACUGCUUUUCAGACUCUUCCGAGUUCGUUGGAGGAAAUUGAUGCUUUCCUGAAUGAGGAGAAAUCCAGGGCCUCCUGUUUCACAGGCCUGAAUGCUUCCGUUGUUGAAGAAUACAGUAAACGGACACAAGAAAUACAACAGCUGAUGGAAGAACUAGAGGAAAAGAAAAAUGUACUGGAAAACUAUAGACAAAAUAUUUCACAGGUCAAAGAAAAAUGGCUAAGUCCCUUGAAAAAUCUGGUUGAGCAAAUCAAUGAGAAGUUCAGUAACUUUUUUAGCUCUAUGCAGUGUGCUGGUGAAGUUGAUCUUCAUGUUGAAAAUGAGGAGGAGUAUGACAAAUACGGUAUUCGCAUUAGAGUCAAAUUUCGUAGUAGCACUGAGCUCCAUGAAUUGACUCCAUACCAUCAGAGUGGAGGUGAGAAAAGUGUUUCAACUAUGUUGUACCUGAUGGCCCUACAGGAACUCAACAGAUGUCCUUUUAGGGUUGUAGAUGAAAUAAAUCAGGGAAUGGAUCCAGUCAAUGAAAGAAGAGUUUUUGAAAUGGUUGUGAAAACUGCUUGUAAAGAAAGCACAUCUCAGUACUUCUUUAUUACACCAAAGCUCUUGCAGAAUCUGACUUACAAUGACAAGAUGACGGUGUUGUUUGUCUACAAUGGACCUUUUAUGAUGGAAGCAAAUAAAUGGGACUUAAGAGCUUUCUGCAGGCGACGGCGGCGAGUUGGAAGGAUGGACGAACAAUGACACAGACAUAUAUGUGUAUAUAUGUUUCUGUGUGUGCAUAU